AUGGAAGACAACAAAAGUGCUCCCUUGAACCACCUCAACUCAAAAGAAGAUUUCCUUCGCCGCGUACAGACGGCAGACAGCGUCUUUCUUCCUCGCGAUGUGUUCGAAGCCCUUUACCUCUCUCCGGAGCGCAACGUUCCCGGAGACCUGAGGAAGAAGUUUGGUAACCCGACCCCUGCCGCUCUGAUUGGCUUCGUCAUGGCUGCAACUCCGUACGCCGCCGCAAACAUGGGCUGGCGUGGUGCAGGAGGUCUGGGAGGAGCCCUUAUCCCAACGAUGAUUUUCUUCGGCGGCGUUCUCCAGAUCCUGGGCGCUAUCGCCGAAUGGAUCCUGGGCAAUACCUUCUCCAUGUGCUUGUUCUUCACCUACGGCACUUUCUGGAUCGUCGCUGGCACCGAGCUCAUUCCCUGGUUCGGCGUCGGAGUCCAAUACUCCACCACAGGCGAUACGCUGCAUGGCAUGACUGAACCGAGCUAUUACGCUACCGUUGGAUUCUAUUACGUGGCUCUCGCCAUGCUCACCACGAUUUUUACUAUCUGCGCCCUGCGAACCAACAUCGUCUUCUUCUCUGCACUUUUCACCCUGAUCUUUGCAUUUGGGUGUGCCGCAGGAGCGUUCUGGAAUCUGGCACUCGGACAUGCGGAGACGGGCAAAAAGUUGACCAUAGCAGCGGGGGCGUUCACUUGGGCCCUGACGAUGAUGGUGUGGUAUCUCCUCGCGGUGCAACUGCUGGAAUGCGUCGACUUCCCGGUCACACUCCCAGUGGGUGACCUAUCGGGAUUCAUCAAAGGAAAGACCGAAAGAGCUGCGAAGAAGGUCGCUGGGAGCGCAGCGGACAGUGGGAGUUAGGUGAAAUGAAGGAGAUAUGUGGCGCUUCCCCCGUUCUAAAAUGCGAGGGUAUGCGAUGAGAGAACUAUGACAUCUGGGCAGGUCUGGGUAGACAGACAAGGUGUCAUACGAUAACCGGAUGUCUUAGAUGAGUGCCUAUAUCGCUGAGGAGAGAGAGUCGUCCCCGAAAUCCGACCCAGGAAGUCAGCAGCCCACGGG